CUGAAAUCGUUUCAAGCCCAAGUGUAUUAUAUUCCUUUAUAAAUAUACUCCCUUAACACGUACUCCCCCAUUCACAACCGAACUUCCUCGCCUCCGUCUUCUUCAAAUUUGUUCCGAAUAAGAAUAGGCGGAGUAUUGCUAGCAGUUGGUAUUUUGAUCGAGGAUUUGAAUGAGAAUGGGCUGCUCUGGAUUGGCAAUUAAUGCAAAUAACUUGGACCCCAUCAUUCAUGAUAAGAAGCAGAAGAAGAAGAUGGAACUUGGAGCCACACGACGACGUGGGCCCACUCUUGUUGAUGAAUAUGCUGUGGAACCCAUUGACCGACAAGAAAUACAUACGAGAUCCAGAGCGCCCUGAUUCUUUAGAAGGGCUGCAAGUUAUUACACUAGACUCCAUUGAAGUAGAUGAUGCCAGAAGCUAUGUCAGGGUAACAUUCACCCCAACCAAUACGGGUUGCCACAUGACUAACGUCAUAGGCGUAUGCUUGCGCGUGAAGCUCACGCAGUCCCUGCCUUCCCGCUAUAAAAUUGAUAUUAGGGUCGCACCAGGAUCACAUCAAUCCGAAGCUGCAGUAAAUAAGCAACUGAACGACAAAGAGAGAAUUUCGGCCGCCUUGGAAAUUCCCGAGUUUGCCUCCAUGAUCCGCCAUUACCUUUCUCCCCAUUACCAGUCUUGAUCUGCCUACCUAGUAACACAACAACAUGGUAUAUGAUGGAUUGUUUCUUUGUCAGCCUCUCCCAUGGAAUUUCCUUAAACUUGUGUAGCUUGCUGAGUGGGGAGUAGCAGAUUGAUUGUUUUUUUCUUUUCUUUUCCUACACAUUUAAUGUAGUAAUAAAGAGUCACUUGAUUA